AUGGCCGGGACGAGGAAUUACGAUUUUUUGAUUAAACUCCUCUUGAUAGGCGAUUCCGGUGUAGGAAAAUCAUGCUGUCUCUUGCGUUUCAGUGAGGAUAGUUUCACACCUUCUUUCAUCACUACUAUUGGAAUUGAUUUCAAGAUUCGUACGAUUGAACUCGAUGGGAAGAGGGUGAAGUUGCAGAUUUGGGAUACGGCGGGUCAGGAGAGGUUUAGGACUAUCACGACGGCGUAUUAUAGGGGGGCUAUGGGCAUUUUGCUGGUUUAUGAUGUUACGGAUGAGAGGUCUUUUACCAAUAUCCGCACCUGGUUCAGCAACGUCGAACAACAUGCGACUGAAGGCGUAAACAAGAUCCUCAUAGGCAACAAAUGCGAUUGGGAAGAUAAACGAGUUGUAUCAACCGAACGCGGUCAACAAUUAGCCGAUGAACUUGGAAUUCCUUUCCUUGAGGUAUCAGCCAAGAGUAACAUAAAUGUGGAAAAAGCAUUCUAUAGUUUGGCAGCGGAUAUCAAGAAGAGAAUCGUGGAUACGAGUAAGAUAGAUCAGGCAACGCAACAAGGUGUAGACGUAGGUGGUCAAGGUGGUGGAAAUGGAGGUAAAUGUUGUUAG